AUGGCUUCACCGCGAUUCGAUCCCAAAACCUUCCAGACCUGGAGGGACUCUGAGCGUGAACAGGUCAUCCUCGUCGGGAGUGGCAUGUCCGCUUGCUCCGGACUGCUGAUGUGGACGGCCUUCGUCACUGCAAUCAUACAUCGGCUUUGUCACAUAGCUCUUUGCCCUAUCGAUGACGGUCACCCUAUCGAUGACGGUCACAACUCGUGCGAGGAACUCAAGGACAAAUUCAUCGAGGUUCGCGACAUUCUGCAGAAGCUUGGAGCCAAUUUCGAAGACUACCGCAUUACCGACCUAUUCGUCCGACGUCUUGGCAAGAAAUACCUCGGUAUCAUGUCAGCAUUCGAUGUAUCAAAGCCAAAUUCACUCCAUCAAGAAUUGAUUGAUCGCUUGAUAUCGUCCGGUUCGGACUCGGUGAAGGGCGUACUUACCACGAACUUUGACACUUGCUUCGACGAGGCCCUUCGCGAGGCAUCCAAACACCAGAAAGUGCUCCUCUGCGAGAUGACUGGAAACGAACUGGUAGACAAGGCCCGUGUGGAUAAGGCCGAGGAGCGUGCAUUGCGACUAGGCAACAGACUUUGCGUUGUCUUCCUCUGUCAAUCCUUCGAAGCGUUUCGCACGAUCGCGCAUUGGUUCCCCGACAUCCUGUCGAAGCCUUCCUCAAGGUUCCUCUUCAAUAUCCACGGCACCGCACGCAAUCCUUCGAGUUGCAUCGACAGCAAUUUUCAGCGUCAUCAGGAACUACCUUUCCCUCUCGCUAUGGUCCUUGAAAUGAUCUACCAAAGCUCAAUCGUCAUCACCACGGGCUGGAGCGGCUUAGACCUGAAGGAGAAUGCAGACUAUCUACUCAUGGUUCGCAAUGCACCUAGGCUGCAGCUUUUAGUGGGCACUCGACGCGACUGCCUUGAUGCUCUUUUCGGCCCCGUAGUCAAAGCUGUGGAGGACUGCCAAGUGAACGAAAACGACAAUCAAAGAACUCAGGAUCCACCGCUUGCCUUUGGCGAAAAUGGCCCAACACCGCUGCCGCAAGAUUCACGGGUCGAAUCCUUUCAAAUUCCAUACGAGGGCUGCACUAGCGAGAGCGAGUCAUCUUUCACCAACGAUCUUAAUCGCAAGCUCGACAAGGUCUGCCCACGCCCAGUCCUGGGCUUGGGUGUCCUGUGGGAUCUGUACACUGCGAUGCGAAUUGAAAAAGAUCGUCUUCUCGAAGCGUCGGAUCGGCGGGACGUGCAACGAGUCGAGAAGCUCGAGAUGUGCAGCAAGCGCCUCGAAAGUAUCCAUUGCCUCCUCACUCCGUGCCUCAAGAAACUCGUCUCCACAUACGGCGCUGGCCCAGAUGAGGCUGCUUGGACAGCAUUAGCGAUCAAUCUUCAACUUGCUCAGACAUACCAAACGGAUACCGUUCAAAGACGCUCAGCCCUCCGCUUAGACGACAUCGUUCGAAGAUUGAGCAGCAAAGAUUUUAAACACGCGGAAGCUCAGGUCACAGAGCUGAUCAAUGCAUUACAGGAAAUCGCUGAGGAGCUUGGGGCUGCGCCAGACCUAUGGCCGGAUAUAUGGGUCCCCGGCGCCUUGUCGGCGAUACUUUCGAACUCUCUGGCCAAGCAAGGCGAUUCUAACGAUCCUGCAAGGCUGCGCUACCGCCAGUACAUGGAGUCUGCAAGACGCGCCGCGGAGCGUGCGGGAAACACAUGGGGUUUGCAAGCCGUGCGUGAACUCCAAACACAAUUCGAGCAGACCGAAGAUCAGGGCACCGUCAUACCGCUUUUCAGACAGCAAUUACAGUUGGACGAGGUUUAUCAAGCCCCUGAGCUCGCGCCUCUGGUCUUCGACAACAUUUCGCCAGCCCGAUCCAUGCGCGACAUCCCACAAGCCAAAUAUCUACGCGGCAUAAUCAAUCUUGCUCUGCUUCUUGGAGAGAAGGUCGCCCUCCCCGACAACUUUGCACUCAACUCACGCUGCUUUGUCCACGAAAUUCUCGGUCCUCUCGAAGAGAGCGACCGAAUCAAGCUGCUCGGCCAAUGCACAUUGAUUCUACCCAACGGAUCGUCUGCGAAAGACCGCCGGAAGGAAAUGUUGGACACGCGUACUUUCCUCAGCGAAAACAUAGAUUCUAGGAAGAUGAAGGACCUCACUGAUCUCUACGAACCGACGCCGUCUCCGAGCCUGAAGCGCGGCUAUCAUGAUUCGGAGGAGCUCGAGGUUCCGAAGCGCGAUACCUAUGAUUCAACAGAGCUCAGCAAGCAGUAUCUGAAAGCAACUAAAUGGCUUGUCGCGGAAGAGAACGAAGAACAGGUACUCAAUUGUUUCAAAAGCCUUCAUCAACUCGACAUAGAGGCCUGCAACCACGUCAAAGAAGCCCUUUCCAUAUAUCGCGAAUACUUCAGAGCGUUCUAUCGUCGGGAAGGAUAUUGGAGGCGCAGUGCCCCCUUCCGCGAUUUUGGUCUGGGAAAUUUUCCCCAGUCACGCCGACAGAAUGAGCCAUGCGGCACCUUUCACACCUCGAAGAUCAUGACAUUGAUCAUGUUGAUCAUUUUCUUGGUCAUGUCACUCAUCGGCGUCAGCACCAACACUCACGAUGACCCUCUGGCUCGAGCGAAGAGCAGAUAUCUGCAGCAUCCCUGGCGAUAUCGCGAGGUGAUCGCGCUGUUAGCAAGCGCGCCGUACGUGUGCAACCUCCCCUUCUCCAAGAACAAGACCAUACUCACCACCAAUCCCUGGGAGGAGGCAUCGCUCGAAUUGGGCCGUCGAGCCUUGGAACGGGACUACCGUGAGAAAUUCAGCGAUACCCCUCCUUGGUCGCAGGUUGCCGCUCUUACCCACACCGAUGUGCUGCAAGCUCGAGCGCACCACAAAAAAUACAAGAAGGAGGGCGAGGCCGUGAAGGUCCAAGACUUACUGAAGAUCAUCUUCUCGGGAUCAACAACGUCUACAUCGAAAUCGUCGAACAGCUCUCCGCCAAGCUCGGUAGCGCAGCCGCCCACGUCCUCGUCUGUAGAGCAGACCCCCGAUUUGAAACAGCCUGGAUCUGCAAGGCUUCCUCCGCACUCGUUCCCAGACACCGCUUCCUCAUCCCCAGCCGCAAGCCCGACGCAGACCAGAAACAGGGAGCCUGCCCCAAUCGAGAACAACAUCUCGCAAGAGCAGCAUCCUCGCGGCGGCUUGGGGAUCACGGGCAUCCCUCAGGGCGAGUCGAGCAGCAUUGAGCCCGAGCGCGACGUCGCCCAUGGCAAAGCGAAAGCGGAUGUCUACCGUGGUGGUAGUUCUGGGGACAGCGAGCCCCCUCCCGAUCUCAAAAAGAUAUUCGUCGACACUGCUAGCCACUUCGUGUUCUCGCCAUCGAAACCGCUUCCCCGCAAUUACGAGGAUCCCGAGCUCACGAUCAAGCUUUGGGAACCUGCUGAUCAAAUUUAG